UUGAUUUGGAGAAUUAUUUAUAAAUUGCAGAACCUUCCUACUUGUACCACUGUGAGGUAUUCGGAUGAGAUAAGGGAACAUAUGGUCGCAAGCCCAAGUAACGUAUGUGUACAACACCACAAUAGCUCCAGUGAACUCAGCGAGCACAGAAGCAACAUUAACUUCAUGCGAAAAAUUCCGGCAKGUGCCGAAGCGAAUAACAUUCUUGUCGGGGAAGUUGAUUUCUUGGAAAAACCUUUGGUAGGAUUCAUUCGUCUGAAAAAAGGAUUGUUUUUAGGAGAUUUAACAGAAGUUCAAAUUCCAACGCGCUUUAUUUUUAUAGCGUUGGGUGGACCUGGCAGUCAAACUAAUAUGCAGGAAAUAGGCCGAGCUAUGGGUUCGCUCAUGUCUGAUGAAAUAUUCCAUGAAAUUGCAUAUCGCGCAAAACACAUCGACCACCUAAUUGCGGGUAUGGAGGAAUUCUUAAAUGCGGUUACUGUGUUGCCGCCAGGUGAAUGGGAUCCAGCUAUACGAAUCGAUCCCCCAGCUACAAUACCUUCACAGAAGAUUCGCAAACGGUCUCCGGAAACCAGUAAAAAAACGAACGAGGAGGAGGAAGAGCGACGAUUACGCGAAGAGUCUGGACUUAUACGAACUGGACGGCUUUUCGGCGGGUUAACUAAUGAUCUUAAAAGAAAGGCAACAUGGUAUUAUACUGAUUUUAAGGAUGGAUUAUCGAUGCAGUGUAUUGCAUCUUGGAUAUUUUUGUAUUUUGCUUGUCUUUCACCAAUUAUAACGUUUGGGGGACUGCUAUCCCAAGCAACUGGUAAAAAUAUUGCGGCCAUGGAGUCUCUAGUUUCUGGUUUCAUUUGUGGUAUCGGAUACGGCCUUUUUUCUGGACAACCACUCACAAUUUUGGGAUCAACUGGGCCGGUCUUAGUAUUUGAGACCAUCAUUUACGACUUUUGUCAAAAUCAAGGUUGGGACUAUUUGACGUUUCGUUUCUGGAUUGGCACUUGGGUUGCUGUCAUAUUAUUAUUUUUAACAGCUAUUGAUGCAAGUGCUUUAGUUUGCUAUAUUACUCGUUUCACCGAGGAAAACUUUGCCACACUAAUUGCUUUCAUUUUUAUAUAUAAGGCUGUUGAAAAUGUUUGGAUGAUAAAAAUUAACUUUCCGAUAAUAAAUCCUGUAUAUGAUUGUAUAUGCAUACCACCCGCAGAUAGUAACUUUACAGUUUUGGAUUAUGCAAAAUAUGACAAAUCUUUUUGCAUAGCUAACAAUGGUACUCUGGUUGGUUCAGACUGUAUUGGAGAAAGUACUGAAAAUAUUUUCCUGAUGUCACUAAUACUGUUUUUUGGUACCUUCAUAACAUCAGUGCUGCUAAAAGAUCUUAAGAAUGCGCCAUAUUUCCCAUCAAUAGUAAGGCAGUAUAUCAGUGACUUCGCUGUUAUUAUUGCCAUAUUGUCAAUGUCAAUUCUGGAUUUUAUAAUGAACAUCCCAACACCAAAACUUGAUGUACCACACGAAUUUAAGCCAACCCUAAGCUCGCGUGGUUGGUUAGUUCCACUAUUUUCAACAAAUAACCCUUGGUGGUCACCACUUGUAGCCAUAUUCCCAGCAAUGUUAGGAACUAUUUUAAUUUUUAUGGAUCAGCAAAUUACGUCGGUAAUAAUAAAUCGGAAAGAAAAUAAACUCAAAAAGGGGUGUGGCUACCACUUGGAUCUUUUCAUAUUAUCAAUACUUAUACAAAUAUGCAGUACAAUGGGUUUACCAUGGUUUGUUGCCGCAACUGUUCUUAGUAUAAAUCAUGUGAAUUCACUUAAAUUGGAAUCUGAAUGCUCUGCACCAGGAGAGAAACCACAAUUUUUAGGUGUACGAGAACAACGUGUAACACACGUAUUAAUAUUUUUAACAAUCGGGUUUUCCGUUAUGUUAACACCUCUACUUUGUCAUAUUCCUAUGCCAGUACUUUUCGGCGUGUUUCUUUAUAUGGGUAUAGCAUCACUUUCAGGCUUACAGUUUUUUGAUCGUUUACUAAUAAUACUUAUGCCUGCAAAGUACCAACCGGAUUUCAUGUUCCUACGAAAGGUUCCAAUUAAUAGGGUUCACCUUUUUACAGGCAUACAACUGGCUUGUCUUAUAAUGUUAUGGCUAAUCAAAUCAUUUUCUGAAACAUCUAUUUUGUUUCCACUAAUGUUGGUUGUUAUGAUUGGUAUACGAAAAGCUUUGGAUUUACUSUUUACGAAAAGAGAGUUAAAAAUACUGGACGAUGUAAUGCCUGAAUUUAAUCAAGGAAAUGUUACGAGUGAACUGCAUCAAAGUGAUCCAGAAAGCGGAUACCUUGCAAAAUUUAAAAGAUGUUGUUUAGGGGAAUCGCCUACAUCGAGAGAAGAAAAAGUAAUUAAAAUCAGUAAUGAAAAAGAAUUUGAAGCUGUAAGCAGCUUAUUAAAGUAAACCAUUAUACUAUUAUAUGUACUCAUGUUCCAUUAAUUUUUUUCGAUAUUAAAUUGUAUGCAGACUAUUUCGAAACAUUCGCAGUAGAAUGUUAUAAAAAAACAAUACCUUAUAUAUAAAAAUUAGUUGGGAUUUUGUCUGUUUAAAUCGGCUGA